AUGUUCAUGUCAAAUUGGCGAAAAGGAUGGGUGAGAUACAACGGAGCUCCGGCUUCAAACAAAUUUCUCUUUGACAGAAUACGAGAGCUAACUGAAUCUGGUAUCGAAGUACGUUUUCGAUACGAGAAUCCCCAAAAGAAUCCUUUGGAAUGGUCAUCGGUUAUCGACAAAUGCACAGAGGCGAUAGAUCUACCGAUGGUUGGCAAAGACCGCUCAGAAUAUAGUAGAAGUUUGGCAGAUAUAUUAUUACAUGAGGAAUCUGUUGACAGCUCUGUGUAUGUUUACACUUCCCAAUUUGCACAGCGGCCAUUCAUUUAUUCAUCACUUGUUUACUUAUUUGUUUGGCUAUCGAGAAGUUCCUUUCCUCGCAAAACAGUGGUGCUGUAUACGUGA